UUUGCAUGUUCCUUGAUGGAACAACGGGGAAACAAACAUAUGCCUUUAAUUACAAGCAGGGAAGCCUGUCUGUCAGGGCACUGAACUGACGUCAGGGGGCGGGGGGUGUUACUAUUAUCAACCUGCGGGGAAACAAUGAAAGCGAAGCUUGGAGUUGCUGCAGCACGAAUUACAGCUUCGGAUCCGGUCACCAAUGCUGCGCCCAGGGACGAUGAGAAGCGGGGCUGCGGACGAGUGCGGCGAUUCGGGAGCUGAGACCGGAGGAUCCGAUUCCAGUAGGAUGUCUUCAACUAGUAGUGAGCUGGUGCAGGAAGAAGGGCAGGACCCUUUCCAGGUGUCUGUGCAUCUUCUUGCGAACCCUGGUGAAUCUCGAGGAUUGCAGCAAACCUUGGAUUGCCUGUUGCAUUGGAUUAGCCCAGACAUCCAGUUGUUUCAUGUUUCAGAACGGGCAAGCCCAAUAAUACAUUGCAAGUCACAGCACCGAAAAAGCUCUGUCUAUCCUUCUCUCUCUGUUAUUCUGUUUCUACACGAAGACUUUGGUGAAGAACGGAUUUUGCAAGUUCAUGACUUUUUCCAGGGUUUACCAUGGCAAUAUCAUCACAGCGAGAGUGUCGGUGGGAAAAUUCUUCCUUACAUGAUUUGCUGCCAGGACUUCUACUCUCUGGAUGCUAACAUGCCAAUCUGGGCCGUGAGGCAAGUACAUUAUGGCAAUGAGAUCUUACGGAUUACAGUGAGCUGCAGUUAUGAGAAUUUUGAGGAUGCUGUCAAACUCUAUGAAUUAAUCUUGCACAAGAAAGCUGCUGUGCAAAAAACGGAUUUCUGCUGUUUUACCAUAUACUCCAGCCACAAUUUCUGCAUCCAGCUCUCGUUAAAACAGUUGCCACUUGGAAUUACCGUUGACCUUAAAGAAUCGGCCGUGCUACAGUUCAGAGUGCAUGCGAUUGGGGAGUUGGUGCCACUUCUUCCAAACCCCUGCAUCCCCAUCAGCAACACCAGGUGGCAAACUGAAGACUAUGAUCGAAACAAGAUCCUUUUCCAAGUGAGAGGGAGCAUUCGAUAUGUGGACAGAAAUUGCUCUGCUGCUCCUGUGCACAGUAACAGUGGCUUUAGCAAUCACUUGUGCAGUUCAGUGUCAUGCACUCAAAAUUCCCUUUCGGAAAAGUGGCCUUACAGUAGUCAAAUGCCUCACGACAGGAACAGAAUGUUCUCUGCUUUGGCAGCAGAUGCGGAAGAGAGGAAAGAUGUGAAAGGAAAGCAGCGGACCAAUUUGCAUGGGAUGCUGGACAGGAACGAAAGCAGCACACCGGAGAGUUUGUGCAGCACGCCCAAGAGCAGCUCCUGUUACUCGUCGCAACGCAGCAGUCCAGCGACCACAUCACGCAGCGAUUUGGCAUUCCACCACAACGCACCCGCAAAGAUCCGAAACCUUGAUCACGAAACCUCUGCUGCAAUACAAAUUGCAGAAACGGACGUUGACACCGGCUUUGUCGUUACAAAGUCAAAUCCAUUCAUUGGUGCUAGUCCCUGCUCUUUAUCUGCGCUUUCCACGGGCAUAAAGAGUAGUUCUCCUAACUCAAGUACGAAAAGCCGUGUAUUAAAACCCACUCUAAUGUCUCCCGAGACGAACAGUAAUUUUAGUAAAAAAUGGCCGACCUCAAACAAUGAAGAGAAGUCGCCUCGUGUUUGUCACAAACCACCAGAAGCACCACAGCAGUUUUGUCAAAGUCACACAGAGGAAGAAGAGUUUUUUAUUUAGACAAACAAAUGUCAUGUAUUACUUUAAUCCGUAAGGCGCAAUUAUAACGAAUAAAUACUUGCAAGGGAUAACAUUAUGGAACAAUAAAUUGCAAAUAUUUUGUCAUUUGUUUUCAAGCAAAUAUACAUCAGACUCGAAUGUUUAAAAAAAAAAUUAAUUCUGUUAACAUUUCACUUGCACUAUGUGGAUUUAUCCUGUAAAAAUAGAAACACAAAAUCCAGUAGUCGGAUGAUGAAAUUUUCUUCAAAUUAUUAAAUGAAUAAUUUAAUUCUAAUGUUGGCUUGGAGUUGCAGAAACUGCACAUAAUUAUAUCUGUGGCUCUAAUCUGCUAAGUAAGCACUUCAGCAAAAAAUAUUUUAGUUAAACGGUCUCAUUUUGAUGUUUAACUAAACUCUGAUGUACAUAUUAAAGUCACUGUAAGACCGUGCAUAAGGACAUCUUUUUAAAAUGUUAAACAGCUUUUGGUAA